CACGUCCUGACCAAGAUGGCGGCCGCCGUGUUCCGGAGAGCAGAGGGUUCUUCAGUGAAGCGUUUCUUUCAGUCGUCAUGGUUCCACAGCUCGCCGGCGCCCCAGCAGUCCGGUUCCCCUCAGAGGUUCUUCGCCCCGGCUGAUGGCGUCAUGCUGCCGACAGGAAGCUUUAAAGACAGAGUGGUGUUCAUCACAGGGGGGGGGACGGGUCUGGGUCGAGCCAUGACCACCACGCUGUCCAUGCUGGGGGCUCAGUGUGUCAUCGCCAGCAGGAAGCUCGAUGUCCUGCAGCAAACAGCCAAUGAGAUCAGCAGCCAGACCGGAAACCAGGUCUAUGCGGUUCAGUGUGACGUCAGAGAUCCACAGGCCGUCUCUCACUGUGUGGACCAGAUGGAGACUAUGACUGGACUUCCUGAUGUGAUCAUCAACAACGCAGCAGGAAACUUUGUAUGUCCGUCUGAACGUUUGUCGCCAAACGGCUGGAAGAGCAUCACGGACAUUGUCCUGAACGGGACCGCCUACAUCACUCUGGAGCUCGGCAAGAGACUGAUCAAGAAGCAGAAAGGUGCAUCUUUUCUGGCCAUCACCACCAUCUAUGCUGAGUCUGGCUCUGGUUUUGUCGUCCCAAGCGCAUCUGCAAAAGCCGGAGUGGAGGCGCUCUAUAAGUCUCUGGCUGCUGAGUGGGGGCGCUAUGGACACAGGUUCAACAUAAUCCAGCCUGGACCAAUAAGAACUAAGGGGGCGUUCAGCCGUUUGGAUCCAACAGGAGCCUUUGAAAAGUCGAUGAUCACUCGAAUCCCGACUGGACGACUCGGAACACCAGAAGAGAUUGCAAACCUGGCAGCGUACAUAAGCAGUGACUACGCUACAUGGAUGUCAGGAGCUGUGAUUCGGUUUGAUGGAGGGGAAUAUGUGUCGAUGGCUGGAGAGUUUAAUGAGCUGAAGAAGGUGACUCCUGAUCAGUGGGACGUGAUGGAGGCGAUGAUCAGAAGCACUAAAGGAUCCUAAAAAUCUUCUGAUGACCAAACAACCAUCAGAUCACAGUGUGCAGUGCGUGCGCCUGCUGAUGUCAUAUUGAUUGAUUUUUGACUUAGAGCAACAUAUCUCAAUACUAUUAGCCUAUUAGAAUGUAGUUGUGGUACUGUCAUGUGACUUACUGCACAUGCUCAGUGUGAACUCAAACACUUUUUUGUCAUUUUGAUAAUAAAAGUUUAACCCAAA